AUGGCCGCCGCAGUAGCAAGCACCGCAGGUUCCUCAUCCUGUCUCAGCUUCGUCGCGGAAUCCUUGAUCCUUCCCACGCGAAAUGGGAGCCUCUUCGCGUCGCUCUUCGCUCUCGUCUUCGCACACACCUUCGUCUCCGUCGCCGGCGCCGUCGUCUUCGUCCACCCUAUCGCCGCCUCCGUCCUUCUCCAGGUGAAGUUGCUGAUCAAUAACGAUCUCCACGUCCGCUACGCGGUAGAAAGCGACGGGUUCUGGGCCUUCUGGGUGCCCGCGGAGAAGCUGCUCCUGUUCUACCUCGCCUACCUCGCCAGCAAGCUGGCCACGCAGGUCGCCGUCGCGCUCGCGGCCUCCGCGACUGCGUGCGGACGCCCGUGCUCGUUGGCCCACCUCGUCCGCGGCAAGGCGGCCACGGGGAUGAUGCGGGGCGCCUUGGUCACCGCCGCGCUCGUCGCCGUCCUCGAACUCGCGUGCACGGUUCUUCUCACGGCGUCACUCGUGGUUUGGUGGAUGUACAGCGCCACCCACACGGAAACCGGCGGCAUGGAGUCUUGCAUCUCCGGCUGCCUGCUGCUACUCUUCCUCCUCGCUCUCAUCUCCCACCUCUGCCUCGCCGCCGUCUUCACGCUGGCCAUCGCCGUGUCGGCGGCAGAGGAAGGUGGCGGCGGGGGCUCCCAUUUCCGGCGGUCGUGGCGGCUCGUGACCGCGAGGGCGAGGAGGAAGGAGGCCGCCGUGAUGGUGCUCGUGGCGAGCCUCCUGCCGGUCGCCAUCUACCCUGUGUACGCGUUUGCCGCGUACUGUGGUACCGCAUGGGCUCUGGUCUUCGUGCCUGGAUUUCUCCUGCCGUCCACCGGCGCGCUGUUCCACUCCACGGUGGCCACUACGGUGUUCUACCAACUGCAUGGAGCAUCAUCAAGCCAUCAAGGAACAGCUGCCAUUCCAUUGAUGGCGAAACUAGCUAGUUAAGCUCAAUCCUCUGGGAAAAAUUAACGAUGUGAUCAUCUGAUCGAUCCAUGUAUAACACAGAAAGAUUCUUGUUCGGUGAGUGAAGAUGGAUCGACAUGUCAUUGAGACACGAGCUUAAUAGAUCAGCAGCCAAGAUAACCGUUUCGAUCGCAGCGUUCUGAAGGGAACAGAGUGGGGUGUGGGUCAGCGAUGGGCUAGCUGCUCAACGAUUGUCCAAAAUUUGUGACAUACUUGAUCUGUUGAUCUUUCCAACUCGCCUCUGAUCUUUCCUGUAAACUAUUCAAGC